UUGGGCCACUUCAAACUGGCACAUCAAUUUUGGUUUUCCUAUCCGCCACCUGGCGCUGGCGGCGGUUCCUCAAACAGCAAAACAGCGCAAACCGACGAGGAGAAGCAGCGCGAUCGGCAGCGCAACGAGCGUGAAGCCAAAAAGGAGGAGCAGGACGCUAUUAACUACAAGCGCGACAAGGAGAACCGAGAGGCACGUUUGCUGGAUUUUGAAAUACGACGCCAGCAAAAGCGUGAGGAGCAGAACCAGCAGCGACAGCAGCAGCACCAGUUACAGCAACACCAACAACACCAACAACAACAACAACAGCAACAACAACAGCAACAACAACAGCAGCAGCAGCAGCAGCAGCAAUCUCAAAACGAAAAAAGUCCACCCACAACAUCGUCGCAUUCACAGCAACAACACCUGCAACAACAGCAACAGCAACAGCAACAUCAGCCGCAACAGCAACAGCAGCAACAACAGCAACACCAACGUCAGCAAUUGCAGCUGCAACAAACUGUUGCAACACAAGCGAACGCUGGUGGACGGGUUCAUACACCGGAGACGCCCAAGCUGCAAACACCACCAGAUCGCUCACUGCCGCCAGCCUUCCGCAGCCGUUCCAUCGAGCGUGAAGCUCUUUACGAACGCAAGCGCUUCUCGGUGCCGAGCGUAGCUGAAUUCAAGGAGGCCGUAAGUACGACACCAUCUCCGCAAACGCAAAACUUUACGGAAACGCCGCCGACAGUAUACACGGCGGCAUUGGCGGGACCGCCAGCAACAGCUGCAGCUGCCACAGCUGCUAUAAUACCCAUACUACCGCUCGGCGUUGCGACGCUGCGCGAUGAUUCUACGGAGUCCGAGCAGUCCGUGACAUGUGCCCAGAACCAGCCGGAUGCCUACCAUCGCAUGUGCCGGGCUCCUAUAGCGUCACUCGACUGUAUGGAGGAGUUCAGUGGUACGGGCGGUCAUCUUGAUUUCGGCCGUUCGAUAAGCCUUGGCUCUAAUCCGGCGCUGCCGCUGCGGCAUGGCUCGACGCCCACACCGGGAUUGCGGUACAAAAACCUGGGCAAGAGCGGACUGCGUAUUUCGAACGUGGGCCUUGGCACAUGGCCAGUGUUCUCGCCGGGCGUCAGUGAUGAGCAGGCCGAGGCCAUUCUAAAACUGGCCAUCGACAGUGGCAUCAAUCUAUUUGACAUUUCCGAGGCGCACUCCGAGACGGAAAUUGGCAAAAUAUUGCAGCGCACCGGCUGGAAGCGCACCACCUAUGUGAUCACAACGAAGGUGUAUUGGAGCACAAAAUCCGAGGAGCGGGGUCUAUCCCGGAAGCACAUUAUUGAAUGCGUGCGGGCAAGUUUGCAGCGUCUGCAGUUGAACUACAUCGAUAUCGUCAUCAUUCACAAGGCAGAUCCAAUGUGCCCCAUGGAAGAAGUGGUGCGAGCGAUGAGCUAUGUCAUCCAGCAAGGCUGGGCCAUGUAUUGGGGCACCGCGAGAUGGUCUCAGGUGGAGAUAAUGGAGGCGUACACCAACUGCCGACAAUUCAACUGCAUCACUCCGAUCGUUGAGCAGUCCGAGUACCAUAUGUUCUGUCGCGAGAAGUGCGAACUGUAUUUGCCCGAGAUGUACAACAAAAUAGGAGUGGGUCUGAUGGCCUGGGGACCACUGUCCAUGGCAUUGAGCGAUACGCAGAACGGGGACAAGCUCUUCCUGCCCAAGGGCUCGUUCAAGACCAAGAGCUUCUCGUGGACCGAAGAUGAGAUCAAUCGGAAUGCUGCACUAUCGCCGCAGGGUAGCUGGGGCAAGGAUCGCAUUGAGGAGGGUCGGCGUCAUUGCGAUCGGUUGCGUGAUUUGGCCGCGCUGGCCGAGAAGCUUGGUUGCAGUCCGACGCAGCUGUCGAUUGCCUGGUCACUGAAGCACGAGCCCGUUCAGUGCCUUCUGCUGGGUGCCACAUCGGCGGAGCAGCUGCAUCAAAGUCUGCAAUCGCUGCAGCUCUUGCCGAGGCUGUCGUCCAGCGUAAUGCUGGAAUUGGAGCGCAUAUUAGAGAAUAAGCCAGUGCGACCGCCAAUGAUAUCGACACUGGCGCUUCGGUGACAAUCAGCCUGCCCGCAGGGCCCACUCAGUCUGAGCGGCGGUGGACCCUGCGGUGCCGAUUCGCCCAAGCAUGAGGAGGAGGCUUUCAUUGAGGAGGCGGAUGCCAAGGAGGCUGCCAAGCAGGGUUUCUGUGUUAUUCAGUGACGAAAGGAGUCCUUAGAUAACGAUAAUAAAUUAUUGAAAGUGAUUAGCAGUAAAACUAGCCUAAGUAGCAAUACUAUGACAACAACAAUAAGCAAACACGAGGUGCAGCAGCAACAACAACAGCAACAACAGCAACAGCAACAACAGCAACAACAGCAACAACAGCAACAAGAACAGCAACAGCAUCUACAACUACAACAACCUUAUCAGCAUCGUGCCACACCAACAACAGCAACAACCAGUUGCCCAAUUGGCUCGCAUGCCAAACAGAUCCAGUUUGAUACGCUCAACAACAACAACAACAACAACAAUGACAUGGCUGCAGAUGAGCCAGAGUCGAGCGGUGCCCCACUGCAGACGAAGGCCCAGAAGCGACGCUCACUGCUUGACUUCAAGUCAUUCGAUUUUCACAUCAAGACACUGUACAGUGGCCUCCGUGUGGGAGCUGGCCACAAAUCGGAACUGUCCACCCAGUCGGAGUCGCGCUCAUCCUCGUUGUGCGGCGGCACAAGUCUGACCGUGACAGCUCUACCCCUGCCGCCGGAUCUGCGUAUCGAGGUGGUUGAUCCGGAGCUGGAGCAGGAGCAGGAGUCGAUGAAUCUGCUGUUGGACCACUCGCAGUUGCUAAGCAUGCCGCGUCGCGACUCAAUGGCGCAUCCAUCAUCAUUGUCGCCGUACUUCCUGUCGCCGUUUAUGGCAGCUGGCGGUGGUUCAGGCAGUGCAUCGCCUGCAGCUGGUGCCAAUGAUUGCGGAUCGGGCAACAUACGCCGCUCCUCGACGUCGGACAUAGUCUCGUGUCGACGUCGCGGCUCCACGGCCAGCAACAAUCGUCGGCCCAGCACCUCGGAUCUGUUGCGGCGAGCACGCGAGCGUCGCGGCAGCGAGGCACGCAUGGGACGCAGUGUGUCGCAUGGAACGAUGCGUGGCAUGGGCGGCGGCGGUGGUGGCUGCAUGGGGGCCAGGCGUACAAGCAUUGCGUUUUAGGUGCAACCUCGAUCGCUACACAAGUCAAUAUUAUGAUUAUUAUACUUAAUAUUAUUACUAUUAUUAUUAUUAUUAUAUUAUAUUGAUCAAAUCAGCUGACAAAUGGCGCUUAUGAAUUUUUACACACAUAGAAACCAAGAACAACUCCGGUGAGUAAGAAGUUUUUUAAACCAAACCAAAGCAAUGCAAAAUCCAAAAAGAAAAUCAAGUGACACACUUCAAGUACUUAAAUGCAUAUAUUUACUACUAAAUACUUAUACAUAAUAUGAAAUGCGAAUGAAUACUCUAACAAAAAAAAAAAACAAAACAAAACAUUACACACCAAAAAUACACUUCAUGAAUGCAUUAAUCCUCCAAACAUCCCCCUAUCUAUCGCUUCCCCAUCAUUAAACACAUGCUCCAUUUUUGAUGACAAUAUUAGAUCCUAACUGCUGUUAACCAUUCUCUCUCAACGUUUGGUUCACUUUGUCAAGGGUGCGCUUUUGCUAAGUAUUUGCUUUAAGGUGAUUAGUGCCCAAACUUACACACACACACACACACACAUACACACGUACACACACACACACACACACACACACACACAUGUACAUGCACCAAUUACACAAAUUUGUAGAUCAUAAAACUUAUGUGAAUGCUCAUAUCAACUUGAAAACUAAAAUGCAAAAAAACAAAACAACAAAAAAAAUAAAUAAAAAUAAAAA